GGCAUCUUCGGAAUCCGGGCAGAAAAGAAGGUCGGACCCCAUCCGAGUGGUUGGGGUCCGGACGAGCGGAUCCCAUUUCUUCCUCUGAAGCCGUUGCGUCGCAGGAUGAUGGUGUAGAUUCCACCAAGUUGGGUGGGAUAGGUGGAUCUCCAACUAGGUCCCUGCCAUCACCCGAAAGACGUCUCCUUGGACUCGGAUACGCGGUUGGAAAAACCCGACCACCUUUUCCUCCCCUGGUUAUCCUUCCCGAUAGACAUAAAGAGGGUCUUCCGUCCUUCUCUGCACAUCCUACCAAGGGGUCCUUUCCUUAUCCCAAAAGUAUUCUUGCGGACUUGGGGCUGAGCACCAAAACUCUGAACCAUGGUGGAGCAUUCGGCCUCCACGCCGUACGUCUCGGUGAUGGAUCAAUACGGCUACCAGAUUGGCAAAGUGAUUGGGCACGGCUCUUACGGCACUGUUUACGAGGCUUAUUUUGCCAAGCAGAAGACCAUGGUGGCCAUCAAGAUCAUCUCCAAGAAGAAGGCCUCCGAUGAUUACCUCUCCAAAUUCCUCCCAAGGGAAAUACAGGUGAUGAAGAGUCUGCGCCACAAAUACGUGAUCAGUUUCUACCAAGCCAUCGAGACCACGUCCCGCCAUUAUAUCAUCAUGGAGCUGGCUCCCUGCGGGGAUGUCCUGGAGUGGAUCCAGAAGUCGGGCGCUUGCUCCGAGGCCUUGGCCGGGAAGUGGUUCUCCCAGCUGGCCCUGGGCAUCGCCUACCUGCAUGGCAAGGGCAUCGUGCACCGGGACCUCAAGCUGGAGAACCUCCUCCUGGACAAGCGGGAGAACAUCAAGAUCUCCGACUUUGGCUUCUCGAAGAUCGUGGCCCCGCAGACGCAGCCGCCCCCGACCCCUUCCUACCGCAUGAUGAGCUGCUUCUCCCACCUGAGCCAGACCUACUGCGGCAGCUUCGCCUACGCCUGCCCAGAGAUCCUCCUGGGCCUGCCCUACAACCCCUUCCUCUCCGACAUCUGGAGCAUGGGCGUCAUCCUCUACACCUUGGUGGUGGCCCACCUGCCCUUCGACGACACCAACCUCAAGAAGUUGCUCCGAGAGACCCAGAAGGAGGUCCAGUUCCCCAGCCACCACCAGAUCAACGAGGAGAUCAAGGACCUGGUCCACCGCAUCCUCCGCCCGGCUUCGAAGCGGCUCAACAUCUUGGAAGUCCUCAAGGUGCCGUGGGUCAUCAAAUUCCUCGCCGAGAAGCCCACCACGGAGCUCAAGGCCCUGGAAGCGAUCUGCGGGCCGCGGGCCAACGACUCUUUGAAGAACGCCAACCUGGGCGCCAAGUCCCGCUCCCUGACUUUCGCGUCGGACAAGAAGAAGGCUGCCAGCCGUACGCGCAGCACCGGACAGAUCAAGGGCUCCAAAAACACAGAGAAAGGCAGCUGAGGAGGGGGGCAUUAAAAAGGAAAGACUCUUCUAAGCAAA